GAUAUGGUAACCACCGUAACUCCCCAGGCCUGUUGGUGUCCUCCGGCGGGAUGAACAAAGGCAUGCAGGCCAAGUCCCCUCCACCCAUGAACCUGGGCAUGAACAACCGCAAGCCCGACCUGCGCGUGCUCAUCCCCCCCGGAGCCAAGAACAACAUGCCCUCCAUCAACCAGAGAAUAAACAACUCACAAUCUGCACAGUCGCUGGCCACCCCCGUUGUUUCCGUAGCGACACCCACCUUACCCGGGCAAGGGAUGGGUGGCUACCCUUCUGCCAUCUCCACUUCAUAUGAAUAUUCUCUGAGCAGCGCGGACCUGUCCUCUAUAUCAGGCUUCAACAGUGCCAACAGCAUUCACCUGGGAUCCAUGAGUGGCUGGCAGCAGCAACACCUGCAGAACAUGCAGCACUCAGCCCUCAGUCAGCUAGGAAAUUGCACUAGCACUCACUUAUGUCAGAGUUCAAAUCUCUCCCUGCCCACUGCUCAGAGCCUGCACAUCAAGUCCGAACCUGUUUCUCCUCCUAGAGAUCGCACCGGGAGCAGCACCCCUGGGGGCUACGCUCCCCCGCCCCCGCUCGCGCUCUCUUCCCAGCAUGCUCAGCACCCCGGCCAGCAACAGCAGCAGCAGCAUCACCACCACCAGGGGCAGCAGCAGCAGCAGCAGCACCAGGGGCACCAGGGCUCGUCCCAGGCCCCGCCGGGUCGCCAGGACUCGGGCCGCUCGCCGGUGGACAGCCUGAGCAGCUGCAGCAGCUCGCACGAGGGCAGCGACCGCGACGAGCACCGCGGCGACUUCCACUCGCCGCUCGGGCUCACGCGGGCCGGCACCAACGGGGGAGGCGGUGGAGGAGGCGGUGGCGGCGGCGGGCUGGACGAGCGCCACAGCCCCUCGCUCAAGCGCGUGCGUCUGUCCGAGGGCUGGGCCGCCUGAGUUGGCGGCAGUGGAGGACGAGGAAUAAGGCCACACCCCCCACCUACCCACCCUGACCACGACACCGCGUCAAGCUCCCACUGCUAACCACCACCACCAACAACAACAACAACAACAUCAACAAAAACAUCAAUGACCACCCGACCCCCGAACCCUGAUCGCCAAACAAGACCGAGCAGCCACUCCCACACCGUCUCGCUCCGCAAGCUGAACUGGGCCGAGCGCACAUUCAAACACAAGACACGCGUCGACACAGCCGCGCUUGCGCACACACACAGCCACACACACACUCACACACACACACACACACUCACCCACAAAUAUGAGCACACUGUCUCUCGCUCUCAGAGACGUGAUAGACGCAAAACCUGGAUGGACAUAACAAACUAACAGAGACACUCUUGCUGUGCUCUCUUGACUCUCUCUCUCCCUCUCUCUUGCUCUCUCCCUCUCUCACCCUCUCACCCUCUCUUUCUCUCUAUCAUACACAGAGUCACAAUCAGCCCUGUUUUUCUCCCUCACUGCUCUUUCCCAGUCUUUCUGUGAAGGCAGGUAUAGGGAGGACCUUGUGUUUUUUGACUCUCAACUGUAUGGUUUUGGUAUAACUAAUUGUUGUAACUAUGGUAAUGAGUUCCUUUCCCUGUUUUCUGAGUAUUUCAUAGAUCCAGAAGAGAGAUGUUUCAGAGGGGGUGUGGUGGACAAGGGUGGACAUUAGAGGCCUAGGCAGCAGCCAAACUUUUUACCAGGGGAAGGGGGUGUCUAUGCACUAUGAGUGCUGACUAGGGGGGGAGAGGGUAGUAUCCCUAAAACAUUAAGACAAAAACUAAAAGUAUAUGCAUAUCUACACAUGCAUCCAUGUACACAUAAUCCAUAGUAUCAAACAUAAAUGAAAUUAAAGUCAGGUACUCUGUUUUUUAUUUGUAAAAAUGAAGGAAAAAAUACUUUUUUUAAGUACUAAAAUCUUCUCAGUCACAGUAAGUGGAAGUCCAGGAAGUCUUUCAGAGAGGGCAAACAGCUGAAUUUACAGAUAGCCUAGCACUUCAGUUCCUUACUCUCUGUGUACAGAUACAGUGUUUUUGUUUCAUGUUUUGUUGUUUUUUGUUUUUCAAACCCUCUUUCUCUGCAGUGCUCCCUCUGCUAAAUGUAUGUUAUGACAGACGAUGUCUUGUUGCAGGUUCAACGUGUUUAUGUACAUAAGGGGCGAAGAGAAGGGGGAAAGGGGGUGUUGAAGGUUACACACAAUUAAAUACGUUCACAAUGAAGCUUAUAUGCAACUUGUGAUGGACCCUCCAGGUAUAUUUAUAUAUGUAUACAUGCAGGCUUCUUAGGGUUUUGUAAGAGUUACAGCCUCUGAUUGGCUAAUGCAAGUUUGGAAGGCCAUUUCUUGGAAGUGGCCAGGAUUGAAAUAGCAUUGAGCUGGAAGAGGACAAUAUCUUUGUUAAAAGAGCCAUGUUAAUCCAAGGAAAUAACACAAAACCUAAGUCUUGCGUUCAAUGUUCAGUAUUAAAAAAAUAUAUGACAAAAAAAAAAAAAAAAAAACAAUUGUAUAAUACACUUGCUUAUAUUUUCAUAUAAAAAGGAAUAUAAUGCAAAGCAUUUUUGUGGCUUUUUGUAGUUUCUAUAAGCCAGAAUGUGUUUUGAUAGCUUUGCUAAUAUGGGGAAAUAAACAAAAAAAUACAUGACGGGCUAUUUAACCUGAAGCCAUGGAAGGGGAGAUGGAGAACCAUUUAGCUUUGCUGAACUUUUUCCUCUUUGUAGAGAUUUUCCUUUUGUUUGUUUUUAAAACGUGUAUUUCUAAUUAUAUUAAAUAAUAAUAUUAAGAAUCUUUUUGGGAAAAAAAAUCUGUGAAAUUAACAUGCUUGUGUAUAGCUUUCUAAUAUAUAAAUAUAUAAUAAUUAUGAUCAUAGCAUUUGUUUGUUUCCCCCCUUGUAGUGGAGUUAAGUGUGUGUGCAGUCACACAUGUAGUUCAUUUUUGAGUUCCCCUUUUCCUUCUUCCCUUCUUCCUUUCUUUAUUCUAUUCUGUUUUUUUUUGUUUGUUUGUUUGUUUGUUUUUUUAGCGAGCUCCAGACAACGUCAUUCAGGAUCAUAGCAGUUCCCCUCCUCCAGGUCCACGGGCUGCGGUGCUUUUCUGUUUGCAUUCUCAGAAGUGAGCAUGUCUCAGGCAAGACGACGGGAAGCAUAAGUGUGAAGACAGACAAACAGAGAGGAGAAGCUCUCCCUGUGUCCUAUGUCCAUGGUUAGCCAACACUGGAGGGACUGUGUUAUAGGGUCUUACAGGUUCAGUCUCUCUUCUCCAUUCUUGUUUGUUUUGCGUAGAUGUUUUGCAAUCAAAUAGACAAGGAGGUAACUGCCCUGUCCUCUAUCUCUAACAUGCCUAAUGGACAGCCACACAGUGUCUGUGGAUAAGCAUCAUAGUUUUGUUGCCAAAGCAACAGGUCAUCUUUCCUGUUGCUAUUUGCAGAUAGAUAUCAUGACCAAUAUAUGGGCACUGGUUAGGGAGAAGCACAAACUUUUUUUUUUCAAACUAUGUUACAAAUGGAGUCACAGUCAAUACAAUUCUCCUGAAUACACGCAAAGAAGAUGGUGAUCGAAUCACCAUUUUCUAGUUUUUAUUUUUUUUAUUUUUUUUGAAGAAACCAAAGCUAAUGACGUGUCUGCUUGAUGUCACAAUUUCACUCUCACACGUGUCAUUCUGUUGCCACGUUUGAAACAAUAAAAAGCAAAAACACCCAGUCAAAGACUUGCUGCAUGUUAGUUAGUAACUAUAGUCAAUGUGAUCAGUCCAGAAGGAAAGGCCAGUGAAACAGCUCACAGUGCCAUGUUGAAUGAGUGAAAACGCACGCCCGAUCGUUCUGACCGCAUAGCCUCCUUCUGGUCACCUGGGGUUUUCUGUGGAUGCUUUGAUAUUUGCUAAUAGUUUCUUUGUUGUUACUGGUAAAAAAAAAUGUGCUUCAAACAGAUUUAGUAAUGGCGUCUGUCAGUAUCUUUUUUUCCUACCAAAGAGAUGGAGCGAUGUUCAUUUUUGGUGUCAUGUUUUUUGAGAUUUGAGACAGUUGUAUUGCUUCAUAUGUUGAUAACUUGACUUGCUUUCCUCUGUAAUAUACUGUAUGCCGGUACCUCAAAUGGACCCACCCAGUACCUCAAAGAAACUUUUUGAUGAGUCAUUUUGGUGAGAGAAGGGGUAAACUGACCCAGCAGGUGUACAGUAUUGUGAAAUAAUCUGCCAUUGUUUGUUCAAUCUCUUAUUAUUUCCCCGUAUGGUUUGUUGUUCAGUACUCUUCAGUACUUUUUAUUUUUUCUUGGAAAAAAAAUGUUUCCAUUUAAAAGUUCAAAUAACUCCUAAAAAUAUGUUUAACAAUCUGUAGUUACAAAUGUAGCUUGUAUAAACCUAUGGAGGGUGACGUUUGAAGGAAACAUUUGUUUUUAUGUUUUAUUUUUUUCGUCUUUCUUUGAAAUAUGAGAGAGGCUUACAGCGGCAUAAGCUGGACUUUGUCGCCACUUGAAGACAAGAUGUCAUUAAAUUAAUACCACAUCUCUGUAUCUCAAGGGACUUGACUCCGCUGUAUGUAAUGAAAAAAUUAAUGUGUGGAAAAGAAUAAAAAAAAACAAGUUUGUCCCACCGGGAAAAGGUAUUUGUAUUUUGCAGAGAAUUCAGUAAAGUUACUGGCUUUCUUAGUUA